AUGCUACCCUGCCACACGCGCAACUUAAGGCACCCAUCCAAGUGGAUGUUUGCCCCUCUCCUCCUCUUGCUGGCUGAGCUGUGCUCCGGCAGCAGCCGCCGCACGUACCAAUGGAAGGACGCCGUGACGGGCGAGAAGCUGACGUGCCAGCAGUGCCCCCCGGGGACCUUCGUGGCCCGGCACUGCACCAGGGACGCGCAGACGACGUGCGAGCCCUGCCCGGAUCUGCACUACACGCAGUACUGGAACUACCUGGAGAAGUGCCGGUACUGUAACGUCAUCUGCGGGGAGAAGCAAGUGGAGGUGCAGCAGUGCAACGCCACCCACAACCGCGUCUGCCAGUGCCAGGAGGGAUACUACUCCGAGAUGGAGUUCUGCAUCAGGCACUCCGAGUGCCCGCCGGGCUCCGGCGUGGAGAAACUGGGUACCCCCUUCAAGGACACCCAAUGCAGCCCCUGCCCCCGCGGCUUCUUCUCCGCCUCCGACUCCAGCACCAAGCCGUGCCAGCCCCACCAGGACUGCGAGCAGCAGGGCAAGGUGACCAACGUGCAGGGCAACCAGUACCACGACACCCUCUGCACCUCCUGCAGGCUGGGCAGGAGCAACAGCACCCAGGGACCAGCUCUAGGAGGCGACGACUGCGAGCAAGCCAUGAUCGACUUCGUGGCGUACCAGAACAUCCCCAUCAGGAAGCUGAAGCGCCUGCAGCAAAUCCUGGAGCGCUCGCCCAGGAAGCAGGCGCUGGGGACCAGGGCGGCCAUCCAGGAGAAGUUCAGGACUUUCCUCACCCAUCUGAAAGAGGGGCACUACGGGGUCACCAAGGAGCUGCUGGAAGCUCUGCGAGCCACCAAGCUGCACUCCAUUGAGGAGAAGGUCCGUGAGCGCUUCCUCCUGGCCUGA